AUGUCUCUCGGCCGCCUCCUUCGCCGGGCCUCCUCCAAAGCCUCAGACCUCCUGACCCUCACUGCAGGUGGCAGUGGCAGCGGGCCCCCCUCCAUCCUGGAUGGCGAGAUCAUCUACUCCAAGAACAAUGUCUGCGUGCACCCACCCGAGGGGCUGCAGGGGCUGGGAGCGCACCACCCGGGUUACCUGUGCUUGUACAUGGAGAAGGAUGAGCUGCUGGGUGCCACCCUCAUCCUGGCGUGGGUCCCCAACUCUCGGAUCCAGCGGCAGGACGAGGAGGCCCUGCGCUACAUCACCCCGGAGAGCUCUCCCGUGCGCAGGGCCCCCCGCCCCCGGGCCAGGCGCACCCAGAGCUCGGGGACCCCUCACCAGUCCUCCCCUACGGAGCCGAGGCCCACACUGACCCCCAAAGACGAGGACAUGCUGGUGGUGGCCCAGAGCCUCCAGGACGCCGUGCACGUCAGCCCUUUGCCAGAGGAUGGGGAACGGCUGGCCCAGGACCUGGGGGUGGACGGACCCCUCCUGGCCUCGCAGCCGAUCCACAGUGACUCCGGAAUCUUGUCCACGGUCAGUUCGCAGGACGGAACCGAGGAGGGGCGGGAGCCGCAGCCCGAGGCCGCAGAGGAGGAGGGCUCCCUGGAGCUGUCGGCCGAGGGCGUGAGCAGGGACAGCUCCUUCGACUCGGAUUCGGACGCCUUCUCCUCGCCCUUCUGCCUCUCGCCCGUCAGCGCGGCCCUGGCGGAGAGCAGCAGCUCCGUGUUCCUGGACAGCGAGGGCAGCUCCCCCUCCAGCUCGGACACCAACCUGCGCUUCCCGGACAGCAACAGCCUCUUGCAGACCCCGCGCUGGGACGAGCCACAGCGGGCAUGUGCCCUGGAGCAGAUCUGUGGCGUGUUCCGUGUGGACCUGGGGCACAUGCGCUCCCUGCGCCUCUUUUUCAGCGACGAGGCCUGCACCAGCGGCCAGCUGGUUGUCGCCAGCAGAGAGAGCCAGUACAAGGUCUUCCACUUCCACCACGGCGGCCUGGACAAGCUGUCUGACGUGUUUCAGCAAUGGAAAUACUGCACCGAGACGCACCUCAAAGACCAGGUAGCCGUCCACGAAAAGACGCGCAUGCAGUUCUCAAUCCGGCGUCCCAAGCUGCCAUCCUCGGAGACCCACCCUGAGGAGAGCAUGCACAGGAGGCUGGACGUGUCCGCCUGGCUCAGCCACCUCAAUGAGCUGGGCCAGGUGGAGGAGGAGUACCAGUUGCGGAAGGCCAUUUUCUUUGGUGGCAUUGAUGUGUCAAUCCGGGGAGAGGUCUGGCCCUUCCUGCUGUGCUAUUACAGCCCCGAGUCCACGUCGGAGGAGCGGGAGGCGCUGCGGGCCCACAAGCGCAGGGAGUACGCUGAGAUCCAGCAGAAAAGGCUCUCCAUGACUCCCGAGGAGCACAGAGCAUUCUGGCGCAACGUGCAAUUCACUGUGGACAAAGACGUGGUUCGGACAGAUCGGAGCAACCAAUUCUUCCGAGGGGAAGGCAACCCAAACGUGGAGAGCAUGAGGAGGAUCCUGCUGAACUACGCUGUGUACAACCCAGCCAUCGGCUACUCCCAGGGUAUGUCGGACCUGGUGGCGCCCAUCCUGGCCGAGGUCCUGGAUGAAUCAGACACCUUCUGGUGCUUUGUCGGUUUGAUGCAGAACACGAUCUUUGUCAGCUCUCCUCGGGACGAGGACAUGGAGAAACAGCUGCUGUACCUGCGGGAGCUGCUGCGGCUGACGCACCUGCGUUUCUACCAGCACCUGGUCUCGCUGGGCGAGGACGGUCUGCAGAUGCUCUUCUGCCACCGCUGGCUCCUGCUGUGUUUCAAGCGGGAGUUCCCCGAGGCCGAGGCGCUGCGGAUCUGGGAGGCCUGCUGGGCCCACUACCAGACAGACUACUUCCACCUUUUCAUCUGCGUGGCCAUUGUGGUCAUCUAUGGGGACGAUGUCAUCGAGCAGCAGCUGGCCACCGACCAGAUGCUCCUGCACUUCGGAAACCUGGCCAUGCACAUGAACGGGGAACUCGUUCUCAGGAAGGCGAGGAGUCUGCUGUACCAGUUUCGCCUCUUGCCCCGGAUCCCCUGCAGCCUGCACGAUCUGUGUAAGCUGUGUGGGACUGGCAUGUGGGACAGUGGUUACAUGCCCGCUGUGGAGUGUACUGGCCACCACCCGGGGUCGGACAGCUGCCCCUAUGGGGGCAUGGUGGAGAUGCCUUCACCCAAGCCCCCAAGAGAAGGCAAGAAGGGCCCAAAGACGUCUCGGGAAGGCUUUGGUUUCCGCAGAUAAGUUGGGCUCCCUGCGCUGGACGACAGUCGGGGGGGCCUCUCUGGAGGUCCUGGGCAUGAGGGAGGGGGUGGGAUGGGUGUGGAGUGGAACGGGGUAUGGUCGAAACGUAAGGGAAAUGCCUUUGGGCAACGUAGAAGCUUUUCAUAAAAAUGACAAAAUCAGAGUCCGGAAGUGACAGAGUAAGACCCACCAGCCACCCAGAGGAAAGUCAGCUCCUGCAACCUGGAACCAGCGUGCACGGCCACUCCACCUGGGCCGCAGGCCUUCGGAGGAUUUCAGCACGUGCCGGGAAGUCCUCUAACUUCGUGAGCAAGUAGAUGGCAUUGCCAGGCGAUGGGAAAAGCAGGAGGCCUCCUUCACCCCCCAGCGCUGAGGGACGCAGAGCAGAGGAGGGUUCCAUCCAGGCGCAAAGACACC